AUGGUAUCGCCCAGUUCCAGGUGCGGUCCUGCCGGCAGGGUCACCGCCGCCCUGCUGCUGGCAUCGGCACUCGCCAUCUCGCCAGGCUCGGCCAAUAUAAUCGGCGGUGAUGUUGGCCUCGAUCAGCAGGUCCUGAUGCCUGUUGGCCCAGGCCCUCUACUCCCUUCACAGCCCAACACGGUUCACCCCGGUGAACAUACCUUCACUCUUCGACACAUCUACCACCACGGUACCAACAGAAAUCCGAGGCUUCACAGAAAGCUCGAUGUCGUCCACGACCAAUCCCGAGUCUUCCUCGCCGCCGACGAGGGAUAUGCUGAGCACACGGUGCCGACGCUCACAGCCAAAAGCCGUGGCGAGACGAUCGAGCGGCUGGUUGACAGGCGGCCCUCCGUUGUCGACCCCAUUGUCGCCGAAUCUCGAAAACAAGGCUAUGCAGCCGUCUUAGAUGCGUCUGCAUGGACGAUGGAUCAAGUCUCCUCACCCGACAUCACCGACAAAAACACCGUUCUUACCAUGGCGUACGUUGCUGCUGACGCCUACGUCGAAAAUGAUGGACAGGCUGAUUGGCAAGACAUUGGCGCCCCUUUCAACCGAAGUCUCGACUUUGGAUGGGGGACGGACGGUCUUCGUGGUCAUAUCUGGGCUGAUGAGAACAACUCCACUGUCAUCAUCGGCCUCAAGGGGACAUCACCUGCCGUCUUUGACGGAGAGGGCACAACGACUAACGAUAAGGUUAAUGACAACUUGUUCUUCAGUUGUUGCUGCGCUCAACAGGGUCAGUGGACGUGGCACCAGGUAUGCGACUGCGCUACCGGCACAUAUGCCUGCAACAACACAUGCGUGAGGACGGCCCUUCAAGAGGAGAACCGUUACUACGCCGCGGCUCGCGAGCUCUACUCCAACGUCACGGAACAAUAUCCCGACUCCAACAUUUGGGUAGCAGGACAUUCUCUUGGAGGUGCUGUCUCUUCUUUCUUAGCCCUGACUUAUGGCCUACCCGCCGUAACCUUUGAGGCCGUACCAGAAGCUCUUCCGGCUUCUCGACUGGGUCUCCCGAUUCCUCCUGGAGCAAACCCCGACACACCACAGACACGAGCCUACACAGGGACGUAUCACUUUGGCCACACCGCAGACCCAGUAUACAUCGGUACAUGCAAUGGAGCAACUGCUACGUGCUCGUUUGCUGGCUAUGCCAUGGAGUCUACUUGCCACACUGGCUAUGAAUGUGUCUAUGAUGUCGUGGCUGAUAAAGGGUGGCGAGUCGGUAUUGGCACGCACAAGAUUCGGGCCGUCAUCUCAGAUGUCAUUCUCAAAUACGAUACCGUUCCCAAAUGUGUCCGCACUCCCGAUUGUCGAGACUGUGGCCCCUGGAAAAUGUACGAGAGCAACGGCACUGAGACGACCACGUCUGCAGUUCCCACCACAACCUCUCGAACACGGACACACAAGACAACGACGCCGGCAAGCACUUCUCAGUCCACCAUAACAACCACCUGUGAAACUCCCGGACGAUUCUGGGGCUGCAACGAUGAUGCUACUGAGACAAGCACUCAGUUCGCAACGAUCCCUGCGACUACGACCUGCGCAACCCCUGGCAGGUUUUGGGGCUGUAAUGAUGCGGUAACAUCUACGACCACACAAGCUGCCGCUGGGAGCACCGCUCCAACCAUCACAGUGGCUCCCACCGAGGUUCCAGCAUGA